AUGGAAUUCACCGUGAAUCCGGAGCCGACGCCGGCUCCAGAAGCCUCAUUAAGUCGUCCAGACCAUGUUAACGUAUUUGACGAGGAAUCAGUUAGUCGUUCUCCAUCUUCAGCUCAAAUUGCUGGUCAGGAAACUUUGACCGAGCUGACUGGCGACGAUAUCUUCAGAAUGAAAGAGCUGCGCAAUUCGGAUUCAGUAUCGGCAUCAGAAAACGCUGAGAUGUCACAAACUGCUGGAGAUUUGACCAACGAGCAGUUGGAAUCAGUUCAAGAUGAUGGAGAGACUAAUCCACGUUUCGAUCCGACAGCAGCUCGGGAUAGGGCUUCGGAGCUGAAUGAAGAAGAUAUAUUCAGAAUGAAGAGCUUGUCGUUGAGUAGAACUAAUGCGAUGAGUGAACAAGCUGGACAGUCGGCGGUUUCUUUGGUCGACUCUGCUAGUAAUGUGGCAGAUUUGCAGGAAAAUGACAAUGACGAUGAAGAAGAUGGAAGAAGUGAGGAGCCGGGUAGUCCACCAAGCAUGGUAAGGGUUUUGGCUUUCUUUUUUUUUUAUUUUUAGGUAUCAAUUUUUGUGUGACGAACUUCAUUAUCAAUAAGUUUUAAAUAAGAGAAGCUUAAAAUAGACUUUUCUUAUUUGAAAACAAUUUUAAGCUUUUAGCGUACUGAUAGGUAUGCUUUUAGGUACUUUAUUACCUAAAAGCAAAAAUUUACAGAAAUUGUGCUAUUUAUGCAGAUGUAGAAGUUCAGGUUAUAUGCUAAUCUUUUUGUUUACAAUUUUCACGGCAACGUUAAUUUGUUUACAACUACUGACUAAUAUUCUUUUAGUUAACCUUCAGUGGCCAAUACGUAUUCAAUAGACGCAGAGAAGAGACUCCCAAACUUAAUAAAGCUACUUGUAAGUUGACACAGCGUAUGAGGGAUUUGUAAUAGGGAUUAGGAGGUUCAAGACAAUAUAUACUAUGACUUUAAAAAGUAACAAGAUAAGGAACGCAUAAUAGAAAAUGAUCAAAAGCUUAAAAAUUAUUUAAAAAAUGAUGAAUAACCUAAAAAACACAAAAUGCUAAGUUAUCAUUACUUUGCUUUAGCAGUAGAACUCGUUCCACCAUUCGAGCCUCUUGGUCAACCACCAUCAGGUGUGUCCAGAGAAGAUUUCUUGAACAUGUACAACAAAACACGACUAUACGUGAUUGGGACCGCUCACUUUUCACCUGAAAGUCAAAAUGAUGUUACUAAAGCUAUCAGCGAAGUUCAACCAGACAUCGUCAUGGUGGAAUUGUGUGCUCAUAGGGUUAGCAUCUUGUCAUUGGACGAAGAGACGUUGUUGAGGGAAGCCAAGACUUUGAAUCGACAGAAAAUCAUGAAUUUGAUCAGAGAUGUAAGGAGUUUUAUUUUUUUGGAAACGAUUGUUAAAAUGAACUUAAAUUGUAGUAUAAUACUUUUAAAAGCCAGUUUAAUAAAAAUCAAUUUCAGAAUGGAAUAGUCCAAGGCUUGCUACAAGUUCUCCUCCUAUCUACUUCAGCUCAUAUUGCCAAAGAAUUGGGAAUGGCUCCAGGCGGUGAAUUCCGCGCAGCUCACAAAGCCAGCUUCAAGAUUCCAGGAUGUAAAUUGAUCUUGGGUGACAGACCAAUUCAAGUCACGUUACAACGUGCGUUGGCAUCGUUGGGAAUCCUUCAGAAGAUACGACUGAUAUAUCAUGUCAUUUCGUCUAACAGGACUUCUGUCACGUGAGUUUUUGAGGUUUUUCUUGGAUUUUAGGUAACGUCGUGAAUUGGAUUUUGUUGGAGGAGGUAAUAACUGAGGUUUUUGUUGAGAACGGGCUAGGUUUGGUAAAAUUAAAGUCAAAUUCAUUGGUUCUUUGGUGAUAAUAUCUGGAUUUUGGUUGAUUUUAAGGGGUUUAAUGGUUUUUUUGCUGGUUUCGUAAUAUAAUUCUCUUAUUUUGAUGGCUAAAACUUGUAGAAAGUACGAAUUAGAUUAUAUUAAAUGAUAUUAUAGUACUCUUUACCUUUAUAACACCAAUUUACAUUCAAUUUCAGUCAAGAAGACGUGGAGAACUGCAAAGAAAAGGACUUGCUUGAAAGCUUGCUCAAAGAAAUGGCCGGUGAAUUCCCUCAACUCUCGAAGAUCUUUGUGGAAGAACGAGACAAAUACAUGGCAUAUGUGCUGCAAUCUCUAAUGCAGUCAAGCACUUGUGCCAAGAUCACAGCGUGGAGAAACUGCAAGACUAAGGUGGAUUAUCAACCAUUGAAAAUGGUGGCAGUAGUCGGAAUUGGCCAUAUGAAGGGGAUUCAGGAGUCAUGGAACUCACAUAUCAACAACCUCGAACUUUUGGAGUAGGUUUUUUCAAUUUUUAAGGAGAAAAGGUAUUUAAAAUUUUUAUAGGCUUUUUUAAAAGUUUGGUUGCUGUACCUAAAAUCGGCUAUAAAUGCUUAGUUUAGCUCAUUUUGUAGCUACAUCUGAAGAUUUUGGCUAGUAAAGUUUUACUAAGAAAAAUAACAGAAACAAUAUAAAAAUUCUUUUGUUUUCAGAAUACCACCACCAUCCUUAACAUCAAGAGUCUGUGGUGUAGUGAUAAAGGUCGCCAUUGUAUCCGGCAUCGGCUAUUUGACCUACAAAGCUGGCAAAGGAAUCUACUGCAAGGUAUCUCCUCACGUAACCCACUUAUUCAAUUAA